AUGGAUGAAACUGCUUUGUCCCUUGGAACAAUAGAUGUUUCCUAUCUGUCCACCUCAGCAGAGUGCAGUAUAAGUAGAUGUAAGCAUUCCAGUGAAGAAUGGGGAGAGUGUAACUCUAGGCCCACUCUCUUCCGGUCUGCUACUUUAAAAUGGAAAGAGACUCUGCUGAGCAGAAAAAGGCCAUUUGUGGGACGAUGUUGCUACGUAUGCACUCCCCAGAGCCGGGAUAACUUCUUCAAUUCUAGUAUUCCUUCUUUGGGUCUACGUAAUGUCAUAUAUAUCAAUGAAACACAUACGAGGUACAGAGGGUGGCUUGCAAGACGCUUUUGUUAUGUCCUUUUUGUGCAAGAGAGGGAUGUUCAUAAGGGUCUGUUUGCCAAGAAUCUGACAGAAAAUGUGCUGAAUAACAGCAGAGUCCAGAAGGCCAUUGUAGAUGAAGCUUCUGAACCAAGUGCUCCAGGUAGUUUUGCUCAAACGGAUCCUAAAGCUAUCAACAAAGUAAAGAAAAAAGCUAGGAGAAUUCUCCAGGAAAUGGUAGCAAAUGUGUCACCUGCUUUAAUCAGGUUGACUGGCUGGGUGUUACUGAAGUUGUUUAACAGCUUUUUCUGGAAUAUUCAGAUCCACAGAGGUCAAAUAGAAAUGGUCAAAGCAGCAACAGAGAUGAAUUUGCCUCUUAUCUUCUUGCCUGUUCACAAAUCCCACAUAGACUACCUGCUCCUUACAUUCAUUCUUUUCUGCCAUAACAUCAAAGCACCAUAUAUUGCUGCAGGGAACAAUCUCAACAUCCCCAUCUUCAGCACGUUGAUCCGCAAGCUAGGAGGAUUCUUCAUUCGUCGAAAGCUGGAUCAGAAUCCCGAUGGUCGUAAGGACUUCCUCUACAGAGCUCUGCUCUACGUGCACAUAGAAGAAUUGUUGAGACAGCAGCAGUUUCUUGAAAUAUUCUUGGAAGGCACACGGUCUCGAAGUGGAAAGACAUCUGGUGCUAGAGCAGGUCUUUUAUCUGUAGUGGUGGAUGCUCUCUUCUCAAAUGCUACUCCUGAUGUCCUAAUUAUACCUGUGGGAAUCUCCUAUGAUCGCAUAAUUGAAGGUCACUAUAACAGUGAGCAGCUGGGCAAGCCUAAGAAGAAUGAAAGUGUUUGGAGUAUAGCUAGAGGAGUCUUCAGAAUGCUGCGGAAGAAUUACGGGUGUGUCAGAGUAGAUUUUGCACAACCGUUUUCCUUAAAAGAGUAUGUAAACAGCCAAAGCCAAAAACCUGUGCCUGCUCCUCUUUCUUUGGAACAAGCUUUGUUACCAGCUAUACUUCCAUCAAGACCUAAUGACACUGUGGAUGAAGGUACAGAGGCCUCACUGCCCAACACCAGGGAUAUCACCAGUGAACCCUUCAGAAGAGAGCUGAUAUCCAACUUGGCUGAGCAUAUUUUGUUCACUGCUAACAAGUCCUGUGCUGUGAUGUCUACCCACAUUGUUGCCUGUUUGCUGCUGUACAGACACAGGCAGGGAACUGAUCUUUCCAGAUUGGUAGAAGAUUUCUUCUCCAUGAAGGAAGAGGUCUUAGCACGGGACUUUGACUUGGGAUUUUCAGGGAACUCAGAUGAUGUUGUCAUGCAUGCCAUCCACUUGCUGGGAAACUGUGUGACUAUCACAAACACUAGCCGAAACAACGAGUUCUUCAUCACUCCCAGCACCACAAUACCUGCUGUCUUUGAACUCAAUUUCUACAGCAAUGGAGUAUUUCACGUAUUCAUUAAGGAGGCUAUCAUUGCCUGCAGUCUUCAUGCAAUUCAGAGCAGAAGGUACAGAAGUGGUACCAAUGGUGUUUCUCCCAGUCUGAUUAGUCAAGAGCACCUUGUCCGAAAAGCUGCCAGCUUGUGUUACUUGCUUUCUAAUGAAUUUACUGUAUCUUUGCCUUGCCAGGUGAUAUAUCAAGUUUGCCAUGAAUCUGUGGAAAGGCUGAUACAAUAUGGCAUUCUUCUGGUGGCCGAGCAGGAUGAUCAGGAGGAUGUUAGUCCUAGUCUUACAGAACAGCAAUGGGAUAAAAAGCUCCCUGAGCCAUUAUCUUGGAGAAGUGAUGAAGAAGAUGAAGACAGUGAUUUUGGGGAAGAGCAGAGAGAUUGCUACCUGAAGGUGAGCCAGUCUCAGGAGCACCAACAGUACAUCACUUUCCUGCAGAGGUUAUUGGGACCUUUGCUGGAGGCAUAUAGCUCUGCUGUCACCUUUGUGCACAAUUUCAGUGGUCCUGUUUCAGAGUCGGAAUACCUUCAGAAGUUACACAGGCACUUAAUCAGCAGGACUGAGAAGAAUGUUGCUGUAUAUGCUGAGAGUGCUACCUACAGUCAUGUGAAAAAUGCAGUGAAAGUCUUUAAAGAAAUUGGGGUUUUCAAUCAGACAAAACAAAGGAAAGACACCAUUUUGGAACUAAGCACCACGUUCCUACCUCAGCGCAACAGGCAAAAACUGCUGGAAUUCGUCAUGAGCUUCAUGGUGUUAUAGACCCCAUACAGCACCUUUGUCCAGGGACAAAAGACAGGUUUUGAGGCUGUGUGUCAAAGCCUGGGGACAUUUGCUAACCUUUCAAACUGUAAGGUGCCACUGUCUGGGUAAGGCCUUCUCUGACUUGAACUACUACUGGAAGACAAGUGCCUUCUUACGUAUGCAUUCAUGGGUUUCUUACAGUCCCCGUCCUGUUGUAAUACAGCGAUACUCAGAUGACACUUUGGAUACAAGUAAUUAAACAUGUUGCAAAAAUAAUGAUAAAUUACUAGAAUUAGAUUUAAAAUUAAGAAUGAAGUUUUAUCAGUGUUACGUUUUAAAUACAUUUUUAAAGACUGUAACAGAUGCACAAAUACACAUGUUGGUGAUCUGUAGCUAGCCCUGAGAUCUUGAGUUUAGUGGCAACACAGCUUAUGGCAUA